GGAGUUAACUUUCCAAUACGCGUGUCUGCCACAGGGGGUAGAGUCUUCUCCAAUUUACCGUCGUCUCAGACAGUUCUGUGUAUAGCCAUAAGAUAUAGGCUGCCAUCAUGGACGACCAGGGACAUUAUAGUAAUAAUAGAAUCAAUUAUACCAAUUCAGGAGUUAAUCGGAGAACAAAUAGGCAGUCUGGAAAUAAUGCAUGGCAAGAGCCCGGGGAUUCCAAUCCUGAUGUCAAUGCUAACGCACCUGUCCACGCGAACACCGACCCACAAACACAGCAGGAUCCAACUCAGCCUCGACAUUCAGAUGGGUUCACCAUGAUACCACCCAUUGAAUCACGAAGGAGUAAACUACAAAUGAUGGGUCAGAAAGAAGAGGAGGAUUUACAGAGAUGGAAGGAAGCAAACAGACCUGGUCCUGUCCAGCUGGCACCAGAGAGGCUAGGUGGUGCUGUGUCAUUGGCUGAGGCCAGAGAGAGGCAGCUGUUGGAGUUACGCCGAUCUAAACUGCAGAAACAGCUGAGAAAAGAGGAGAUGGACCGGCAACGGAAACAGGCUGAGGAAGAGGAGAAUGACAGGAUGAAGGCUAAACAGCGGGAGAAGGCUGAGAGACUGGAGGAGAAGAGAGAACAGGAGGAGAGGCAGAGGAGAGAAGUUCUCCAACAGGACCACCUCAGGAAGACAAAGCAGUUCCUUCAGAGGGUGGAGAGGUCAGAUGCAGCUCCAGUGGCAGUGACUAGUGCCUCACACACAUCACCCUGGGCCAGAGCCCAGGAAUACAGGGCAGAGAGGAGAGAGGAGGAGAACACAGCUCUACAGCUGAAGAAGGAGGAACAGAGGAUGAAGAGUGAGGCUUUGGAGGAGAAAGAGAAUGAUCAAGAGGAGGAGAGGAGGAGAGAAUUGAGAAGGGGGAGAUCAGCUUUCCUCGACCGACUGCAGGGUGGGGCCACAGAGGUUGCAGGGGGGCAGGUUGAGCUACAGCGCCCUCCUGUGGCUAUGGAGGAGGACAGAAAAGACUGGCAGACCCAUAGCCAGACCUCCCGACCACAAGACACCUUUACAUCCCUGGAGCCUGACCCAGAACACAGCACCUCAGACUGGCGAGAGGAGACCAGUAAGACACACACGGAUAUCCAGACUUUGAGUGGGUUGUGAUGAAGCUUCAGAAUAGCUUCCCGUUCUGUGAGAGACCCUUUCUGGAGGACAUCGUCAUUCAGUGUAACGGAGACUAUCAACAGGCCUAUGACUUACUUAUCUAGUGUUGCAGAGACUACCAACAGGCAUGUGUGUUAGUCUAAUGACAACCCUUGUGUAUUAACUUUUAGUGCUGAAUCUUCCUCAUAUCUUCGUCUUGUACUAAUAAUAUUGUGAACCUUGAAAGUAAUAGUACAAUUGUGAAAAUAAUGAUAAUAUUGUGAAACUUUACAAUAUCUAUUAGAUCAAGUAAUGAUACCAUUGUGAAAGGUAAUAUCUUAGUAAUAAUAAUAGAGUGAAACUACUUAAUUUCUUCAGCUCCAUUGUGUCUGGUAUUGAUUUAGGAUGAUGUGUUUUUUACAAAUGAGUUGUAGGUCACUAGGAUGAGUCAGCAUCUUUAUAUCCAUUUGGCUUUUAACAAGCUCAUUGUGUUGUUAUGGAAACAUCUGUCCUGUUUUCAUUUUCUCUGUAUAAAGGCUAAUCACAAUAACAUGUUGGCUAUCCAUUACAAGGGUUUCUCAUCUGUAAGAUGGACAACAAUAGACCAUCUCCCUUGGUGUGUCCUAUUAGAUAAUAUAUUGGGUCUUUAUGUUCUGUGUCACCUCUGGUUUCACUGAGAUGUUUGACUUUUCACUUUGUAUUCUUCAGAUGUUUCCCUGAUUGAAUUAGUAUUGUAAAUGUUUGGGUCAGCUGUCCAGGGCUGUGUUUAAUAAAUCGUUGUUCAACACGA